UUCUCUAGAAUGUCCUCUCUCUCUCUCUCUCUCUCUCUCUAGUCUUCCCUUCCCCUUCAUAUCUUCUUUCUCCUUUACCUCGUCUGAUUCGGAAAUUGUUCAUUGAAAGAUUUCAUCAAGAAAAGAAAAAAAUGGAGCAAUCAAGAUUAGCUACAACCGCAACAAGACUGUAUAGGAUCCUAUUUUUAGCACAGAAUCAAGCUCGGCAACGAGGAUUCGCCGCCUCUUCCACUGGUCGUGUAGCUGACCCUGAUAUUUUCUCCACGGAACGUGAUCGUGAAUUGAAACCCACCGUUCCCUCCGGAGAACCCGAAGAAACAAGAGAUCACUACGAGCCUGAAACAGCCAAGCGAGGAACGGAAGCUGAAGCAGAAACAGAACACAGGACCAGUAAAGAAACUGAACCACUGGCGCAGUCGAAACUGCCAUAUGCUUCUUCUCCUAGGCUGGAAAGCAUUGGAGUGAAUCAUCCUCUAGAUCCCUAUGUUCAACAAAAACGGGAAAACUCGACGGUGACUGCGGAAGAAAUAAGCUGCGCUGGUCUAGAUGGUACGCCUUUGCCGGAAGAUAAGGAAACGCAAGGAGAAGAAGAUGAAAAUGAAUACUACAGACAUCACAAGGCGUCCCCGUUGUCGGAGAUUAAGAUGGCGGAUACUAGGACACCAAUAAGAAGGGCAACUGAUAGCACAGCCGAUGCUGGCUUGGGCAGAGACGUAAUUGGAUGGUUGCCGGAGCAGCUUGACACGGCUGAAGAGGCGCUGGAAAGAGCUCGUAGGAUAUGGAUGGAGAAUGCUAUGCGUGGCGAUCCUGAUUCACCACAUGGACGGAUUUUGAGAGAGCUUCGUGGAGAAUGGUUUUAAGUUCUGACAGGAGAUAUAAUUAUAAAAAAAAUCAGUAUGUUUGGUGUAAUUCCUUUUGUUUCUUACAGCAAUCUUUUAGACUUCUACGUUUGAAUAAUGAAGCCCACAUGUAAAAGUUCCAAAGAUGGCCAAUUGUGGUAUAGUAAUGUAAUAGAGACCGAAAUUUUAACUCAAGAAUUGAUAAUACUUGGAACA